AUGCUGGCGAGCCUAGACGUGGGUCUUCACCUCGCGUCAGCCAUUGCCCCCAACUCCAUCGGUAGCUGGUUGACAGACACAGCAGUCGGCUAGUGCAUUGGGAAAAUGAAUGGAGAGAGAGGGGGGGGGGAAAGAAAGGAGGGAGAGAGAUCGAAAUGGGGGAAUCUAGCACCGCAGCACAUUGGCGCAUUCCUCACUAUAAAAUAUCUGACGCACUUGAAUCUAUAGAAACGCCCCACCAGUCGUCACGUGAAAGGGCGCCAGCUGACGGUUUAACUAGGUCAGGCUGCAAUGGCUCCUUCUUAAUCCGGUCUCUUUGGCACGUUCAACGAUGAGAGAUUCAAGUCAUCCUCCAGAUGGCUCGAUGGGUGCUGGGGUGACCAGGUCGCGUGUGGCGCGCAUAAACGGACUGUUUAGCGUGGCCCGACACUGCGUCAUCCACCGUCUCCGGUCGUCGCGACAACGUCUUGUUAUCGGAGAAGGGUAGCUAAGAGAGAAGACAAUGUGGUAGAUGCAGCCGAAUUCUGUCACCGGUUCUGUGCCCAGUCUGUGUGGACGCCGUCGUCCAUGACGAUCGAUCACCCGGUGCGUAUAAGGUGCCAGUGGACGGACUGUUCGCCCGUAAGAGUUGCUCUCCUUGCCAAAAGUUGCAAAAGAUAGCCACUGGGCUCUGCGACCGCCAGUUGUGCAGCUCUCGUUUGCGGCUUUACUAGGCUGUACAGAGCAACCACUUUCACGGGCGAUGAAAGCAGUUCAGAUUAGCUUUAAUAUAUCUCCAAUGCGAGCGUAUAUGUCUGCAAGGUCUAGUUCGGUUCAGUGAUGUGAAUCAGCCGUGACGGUGCACUCACUGGCAAGGGUGACGCUACUGAGUGCGUCAAUGAAGCGAAUAAAAUCUUCAAUGACAUGAAGGCCUGUACUCUUCUCGCCGCAGAUCCGAUGAAAAAGCAAGCCCCAUCAAUCAAGAAAAAGGUAAAUGAGCUCGCUCGUCCGAAAGUUAUAAAUCCAGAUGGCACCAAGCUGAUGACCCUCAGUGAUCUCUAUAUCGCACACGCUGCAUCAGAGACUGAAGGACGCCCUCGCAGCCAUGCAGCUUACCCGUGAAGAGGCAAUUAGAGACAGCUUACCGUUUCUGUACGUGAGCGAUGGUAGCCCCGCAACAAGCGCCCAUAAGAAAGACUAUAAUUCUGAGAUUAUCCUCAACUAUGAAAGCAACCACCCUGCAGCUCGCAAAUGAAGCUGCGUCCGAACUUUGUUCAACCGGACCUACCGAUAUCGCAACAGCGAAGAUCUCCUCAAGAAAGAGCUUGCUCACCUCUGUCGGUUAUUUCGAUCUAACGGAUAUCCGAUUAGUAUUGUAAAGAACUGCCUCAGGCACAAGGCACAGCCGCAAGACUCCAACCCCAACGGAAAUAUUUGACACGAAAAUCCCUCUUCCUGUCAUAUAUGCGGGGAACCUCUGAACUAAUCGCCCAGCAGUUAAGUCGCAUGAGUAUUCACCUUGCCCACAAAGCGGCAUGCUUGCUAUGCGCAGCACUAUCUUGAGUUGGAGAUCCCAUCGCCAAAGAGCAAAAAACGAAUCUAAUUUAUUGCAUCCCAUGCGCAAACUGCUUCUGCGUGUAUGUUGGUCAUACGAGUCGACGCCUGAGCACCCGUAUCAAAGAACACAAAUUAGUUAUCUGUCGGCGCGAGACUCCCUGUCCCUCAUCUUUGCCUAUGCACUCGAGUACGACCACCGAUUCGAUUGGGAUAGCACCGAAGUUGUCGACAUGGCUAAAGCAGAGCUAGCGAGAGAAUUUCUCGGAGCUUUGUACUCCAAUGCGGGUAGUUGUUCCGCCUCCUCACCCUCCUCACACGCCAAUGGUCUGUCUGUCCUGUCGCGCAAACUGGUCUAGUGUGACAGUCUAACCUUCUCUAUUGUUUUCAUUCUGUCGGACGAUGGGUUGGUGUCACCAGCUCAAAAAUACACUAGUACACCUAGAUUUUCCCGAAGAACCUCUUCCCCUUUUCAUAUACAUAUUUGGGUAUAUAUAUAUAUAUUUCGAAAGGAAUAAGCUCUUUGUGAAUGAUUAACAAGUUUUAUUGUAAAUUUUCGAUCUUGGUUCCCCAAGUCGUCUUCAGACGUGAAGUAAGUGUACAAAACAGUCAACAUUUAAACAUGCCGAAAAAAUCGAUUUUGCCUUGUCAUUCUUGCUGUUGUAUCGUUCUGAUUGGCUAAUGCCUUUUCCACUUUUCCUUGAGGCUGUUGUACAUCGUAUCUAAUUCUACGUGUCGAUUGAUGCAUGCGUUAUCAGAAUGGAUGACUGUUUUGCACACUUACUUCACGUCUGAAGACGACUUGGGGAACCGAGAUCGAAAAUUUGAAAUAAAACUUGUUAAUCUUUCCCAAAGAGCUUAUUCCUUUCGAAUUAUGAGUAUUGGGUUGCCUGUUUUCAAAUUCAUACGUAUAAAUAAAUAAAUAAAUAUAUAUAUAUAUAUAAUGUUAGGGGGCGCUCACCGACCGUUCCUACGGAACUCACUCUUUCCGUUGUGCCUUAUGGACUCUCUCUCGAGCCCAAACAACAGCCGCACAGCGACGCAUGCUAUAGACAGAAUGAUAUUACCGACAAAGACAAGGGAGACUGGAAUGGCCGUUUUUGGCUUAUUAGCCGUCGUCAGCCAGUCAUAGCCAACCCCGAAGUAUGGCACACCCGAGGCUCAAACUCGCGACCUGUUUGUUAGAAGUCCACGCCUCUAACCACCGAGCCACGAGCCAUAUAUAUAUAUAUAUAUAUGGAUAUGGAAGGAAGUGUUAACCCCAGAUGUUUAGAUUGGCGGAGAAGGUUAGGCGAUCUCUGGUGAAGAUAGUUUAAUCAUCGGAUGUUUCACGCUCACACUUGAGCGCAUCAUCGGAGGUAGACAGGAAGGGAAAAACAAGGCUUAAAUAAGUCAUUCCUACUCACUCCUGGUAGGCCCAUCACCCUCUCUUCUUACUGGUUCCCCUCUCUUAAGCAAAUAGUGCCUGACAUCCUCGUAUGGGAUUGGUGGAUCGAUAAUACGGUUGAUCGAGCUGGCGUCCGACUGCCAAGAUUUGGUCAUUUUUCUCACCAGUUUAAUUCCGGGUUGGCCAGGCACUUGAACACUGUCUAACUAGAACCAAUUAUAAUUUUUCAAACCGUGAAUGGUGACACGCGGUCGUAAAUCUUUUCGCUCCACAGCUAGACGCCGUCAAUUUAUGCGUGUUCUUUGUCGUUUGUCGGUUAUGCCACAGCAGUUGGUAAAUGACGCUUGAUGCGUCCGCAGGUGAGAGCCGACCCUUGAACUGCACGAGUAAGUAGCGAAUAGUGGCCUCCCGCAGGUGUCCAAAGCCCACGUUGAGUGGUCUCAGCAUGCGCUCGGUGGCUUCAAAGACGUUCCUCAUGUAGGGUAAGAUGCCAAAGAUUUCCGCUUUUUGUCUUUACUCACCGUCGGUCUUCAUGUGUCUUCGGUGUAAGUAUUUGUUUACAGAACAGCGCAGAAAUUCAUUGCUGGAGAAGAGGCGUCAUAAAGUUUCGCGCUCUGGCAGAUUCUCGGCCUCCCUAAAACAGUGCAUGUCGAUACGGCGAAAAAGUGUCCGCACGCAACUGUGUCUAUGCGAUAGAGGAUGGUUACUGUUGUGGUGAAGGAUUCCUCCGUGCCUGUCUCUUUUCGAAAGACACCAAUCUGAAGGGGGGCUCGUCUUCCUGCCUAGAUGUUUGAACAUCGGAAAAAGGAAUGCCACGCCCCUUUCUUCCUCCACUUUGAAUUGAAGUUAUGGGAAAAUCGAGUUUAAUUCCUUUUUAAAGGUCUAUUAAGCAUCACGACGUAGGAUAACACAUGUGUCGUUCAUGUAGAGCAUCCAGAAUUCUGGCUUUUAGGACUGAAAAAAGCGGGCUUCCAGUUCUUGCAAGAUCGCCUCAGCCAGGUAGUUGGUGAACGGGGAUCCCGUGGGGGUUCUGUGGAGUUGCUAGUAACUAUGGCCGCUAAAUGUGAAGUACGUGCUUAAGCAGUAGUCCAGUGGCUCCAUCACGUGGUCGCACACGCAAGACUGGUGUUAACAAUCAGGUUCGCAAAUGUGUUUAGUGACCUGUAGCAUUCUUCUUUCAGGACAAAAUCUUCUAUAAAACGUGCGAAAUAGAAAAAAACGGACUAUUGGGGCCUGAUUAGCCUUUGAAUUAAAAAAAGACGACUAGAUCGCGGUUGGUAGUCAGGCUCCGUAUUACAGGUGGCUGAGGGGUUUGUUUAUUGGGACUAUCUUGUGGUGCUCCUUAAUCAUAUCGGACCAAUUUGGCUUCCGUUUUACGUUUGAGAGUAGGAUUAGAGUACCGGUUAAUGGUUUCCGAUUUUCGGGUUAGAGUUAUGCCUUUAGGCUUAUAUUUUCGGGUUACGGUUAGGGUUUGAGCGUACGAUUAGGUUUCAGUUUUACGGUAAGGUUUUUCAGGUACGGCUAUGUCUAAAUGGUCACAUUUACGUUUACGAUUUCUGUUAGGGUUAGGGUUGCCGUUAGGACUAACGGUUAACGUUAAAGGCUGAGGUUAGGGUUAAGGCUAGGAUUAGGGUUAAGUUCGCCGUCCGCUUCCCCAGGCCUGGUUACCAACGGCGAUCUAGCCAAAAAAACAAACUCCACAGAAACUGUGCAACCAACUCCGGUGACAAUGGAAUGCCGAGGAGACAGAUAACAUAGUCUAAGAAACACUUGGAAGAGGCUUACCUCUGCUGAAUUUCACAUUCCGAAAUCAGCAGGGCGCAAAGUGCUGAGAAUUUAUCCGAACGGGGAUCUUUAUAUGAUUCAGGUAGGUUAGAUAUCAGGGGCAAAAAAUACUAGGUGAUCUGGGAUUUAUCUAAGUCAAUAAAAGAAGUGGGGUGAGGAUAGGUUAUGUAACCCCCCCUUGGAUGGUUGUUCAGAAAUCUACCUUCUCAUCUUAUUUGGGCAGGUGUGGCUCAUAACCGUUUGCCUGGUAAUCGGUUGCGAAAGGCGCUAUAUGAUGCGCGGACUCCCUCCUCCACUAGCGUUAAUGACAUUCAAGGGGCCAAUAUCAGGCUCAAGGUUAGGAUUAGGACUGCGUUUAAUGUUAGGGUUAGUGUUAGGAGUUGAGCUAUGCUUGGGGCUAGGAUGGUCAGGCUUGGGUUAAAGUCUAGAUUUGGGGUUGAGACUAGGACUGGGGCCUUGGUUUAGGGUUGAAGGUUUAGGAUUAGGAUCAUGGUUAAGACUAGAGUUUUAUGCUUAAGGUUAGGGUUAAGUUUUAGGGUUAGCCUUAGGUCUUUAACGCUUGAGUUAGGGUUACGGCUGCGUUUGUGUUUGACUUAAAUGUUUACGGGCUAGCAAUUGGGGUUAUCUAAUACAGGCAUGACCGCGGUUGCCGUUAGAGUUGCAGUUGACUACAGUUUGUCCGGUGGGGUCACAUACCAUACCCCCACCAAAAGUGGAGAAUUUCGCGGCCUUGACGGAAAGGUCACGCUGUCUGACAAAGAAAGUUUCUUCAUUAGUUAGGGGGAGGGGAAGGGUGAAUCUCAUGAAGUCAGGCAACAUGAUAAAUAUCCAAAGAAUUAAUGUCUGUUCAAAUUUUAGCGUCUCAAGCCUCAUCGUUCCCGUCUUCCUUGGGAAACAGCAGGCAGUGAUAACUGUUAUUUUAAAAUGGCACAGAACUUUCAAACCGCUGAAGUAGAAUGCUUGAAUUUUUUGUAGAACGCCCUAUCUCGGCUGGAUUCCGCAGCUUGCCAAUAUGCUGUAAUGGAGGAUGGGCUUGCAAACAAACAAUCCGAAGUAGUUCGCGCUACAAGUAAAUAGCGAUCAUUUUUGUUGCGUACUGUGGAACUACUAAACUAAGGAGGUCUGUUCUGCAACCUCAACACCAACGCAGCACAGAAUGCAUCUGAUUCGUCUUGCAACUAGGAGACAAGGGGAUACUCAUAAGUAUUCACUCAGUCGGCGCACAUCUUUUGGCUAGAGCGGUUGGUAAAAAAAUCACUAGGCAAGUGCCUCUUGUACGGCCCUGGACACAAGUUUUCUGCGUAUAGGUUCGUGUUUUCACUGCCCGUAUCAAAAAGAAGCGGCAAAUACUCCUCUUACUAAAAAAAAAACAACUAUCUCGAAAACCAUAAACGGCGCGAAAUGCCGAAACACGUAAACAUUUGCUUCCGGCGCUAAAAAAUAACGCCACAUCCUAUUUGCGUCUUCUAUAUAUAAAGCGAGGCAAGAAGUUCGACUGAAUCCACCAAAUUCUAAGGGUGUACAAGGCCAAUUGUUAGGAGCUUAACGCAUACGUGAGGAUGACUAAACCCUCUUAAUAGACACAAAGAGUAGCUCUUUCGCCCACGAGCCAUUUACGUCCGGUAUUUUUGUUUCCGAAACCCUAGGACAGGCGCGCGGAAUGCCUAAAAUGGAAAAGCAGCUCACGCAAGUCGUCCACCAAUGAGCUGGCGACAUCCGCGUGCGUCUGUAGGCCGUCACCUCAUCGCAUCAUUGGCCGAGAGCAUCUGAAGCACGUAUCGACCGAUUGGGCAGGUGAUAGUCGGCCAAAUGCCGCUGCCACUGCUUACGCUCAUGUCGACAUUUCGCGUCGGCAAUCAACCUGAGACAGACGCACAAAAACCAAUGAAAGGUCGCGAUUCAGAGUCGACGCAAUGGCGGUCGCCUGUUGAGGGGGUGGGGGGAAGUAGUGCUAUCGGGAGACAGCAGCUGGCGUGGCCAUUAAAAUCAGGCAGACUUAACUUUCUCCAACACUGGCAGGGAGGAGUAGAGCAGGCCUCUUUGGCCAAGACCCGGGGUAGAAUGGGUCGACUGAAACGUUAAAAAUUAUUUCAGGAACAAGGAGGUCCAGGGUAAGGGGGAGUAUCGAUGAAAUUUUUCAGAUUGCAAAUGAAAAGUACCGCAGCUAAAUUUCCUUGUGCUCGUAAAUGUUGACAAAGCGUGCGAAGCCGUUUCAUAGUUCUAUAGCUAGGAGCUUGCUUUAAAAAAGAUAACAGUGCCACGCCUUCGGACGCACCGAUAGUGGACAAAACGUUUGCGAGGUGGUAUUGUUUUACAAUAAAAGUUGGUAUGGUUUUUUACUUGUCAAAUGCCGAACAUAGUAAAAUUAACCAGCAAGACGAAUUUAAAACUAUACAAUCGAAUGUUGCACAAAGCUUUCUACAGCACGCCUCGAAGUCAGUCGGUAUUGGGAGGAGGAAAGCUCUACUAGGCACGACUGAAAUGUAACCACCACCUUCCUGAAAUCUAUGCUUGCUUGAUUGAUACUUACUUUUAUCGGGUAGACGUCUGCAUUUGAUAACUGACCUUCGAUGUACUUUCGACGGUAUGUUCGCCAUAUUCCUUUCUGUGAAUGACUGUGGGCUAAGUAGGAAAUACAGAGUUUAGAAAUAUUGCUUUACUAUCGAAUGACAUCCUUGGAGACUGGUUCCGUUCUCUCAGACGCUAUGGGCAGCAUUCGACAAUGAAGUCCAAGAGAAACGUAGGGGUCGUUUCUGGCCCGAUUUCCGUCCUCAUCCAGCCACGAUCCAACCAUAAUCCUCAAUGAUCCAGGAUUUUAACCCGCUUCCAGUUGGCCCUCGGGUAUAAACCUCAAUCGGAUGAACUGUUAGGGAUCACAGCUUGUGGACGGCGAUCAGGAGUUCGAAAAGUCGCCUGAAGUCUACUGAUCUGGACGGAUUUCCGGAGGGAGAAUAGAAUGAAUGUGUCUCGUCUUGGAUCCCUGAUCUAGAUAUCUCAUAGACUAUCAUGGAAGUGAACAGGGGAGACUGAAAUAUCCGUUUUAGUGUAGUUGUCAUUUAGUAUUCAUCAGUAUCUUCUUCGACUUUUGCAAAUAAUAACAAGCAUGCGCCUUCGCUACCGGUCGAAAGUACUUCAAAUCAGUGAAAUAUGUUAGUCAGCUGUAGGCGUAACAAUUUUUUUCUAUUUUUCUCAUCUUACUGACUAAUAGACAGAACGAACCCUCCGUAUUCGGUUUUGAGGUCAGGCUAAACUGUUGAGUGAAACUCCCAUGCGACUUCGAGUAUGCCCCACUACAGCCACCAAGACGCGAACCCGUGGCGCGAUGUUGACUUAGUUCACAAUGAUCCUCAAGUUCGGGUCUAAUUCCUAGAUCCUCCUCCUCCUCCUCCUCCUCCUCCUCCUGAUGAUGAUGAUGAUGAUGAUGAUUCGUCGAUAUUUUGGCAGAUUUUGAAUAAUUCCUAUUGACCCAACUCGGUGGAAUUCGAACCCACGCCGUAAGGGGAAGGCUUUAGUACAGCCAACGCUCUAACCACCUGAACUACGAGGCCCCGCCGGACGACUCGAGUUUAAUCACAUUUGGGUCAAGUUACCCGACAAACCUACUGCAACGUCUGGAAUCCACCAAAUCUGACACAGUAAGUUGACUGCCCAAGCAGGAUUUCCUAAUUCACGUAGAAUCCACCAGAUGACUACCAGGCUCACGUAAUUCAUCGAUAUUUUGGCAGAUUUUGAAUGAUUCCUAUUGACCCAACUGUCGUCCGGCGGGGCCUCGUAGCUCAGGUGGUUAGAGCGUUGGCUGUACUAAAGCCUUCCUCUUACUGCAUGGGUUCGAAUCCCACCGAGGCGCCGAAUUUUUCACAGUUGGGUCAAUAGGGAUGAUGAUGAUGAUGAUGAUGAUGAUGAUGAUGAUGAUGAUGAUGAUGAUGAUGAUGAUGAUGAUGAUGAUGAUGAUGAUGAUGAUGAUGAGAAAGCGACAGAUGGCGACCGAGAUCUUUCUUAUAUCGAUCUAAGCGAGUGUGAGUUCCAGAAAGCAGUUGCGAAGGAAGAGGAGGCGCGAGUUCUGAAACAAAAAUCCUAUUUGUCUGUCAGACUGGGGUUUGAAUCCAAGACAGCAGGCAAAUAAAACUCUUGUUCCAACGAUCGCGUCUCCUUACCGCAGAGUCCGUCUUCGUCGUAAACGGUCCUCGUUCGUUAGUAUUUACACGCGAUUGAAGGUCCGCACGACAUUUACAGACAAACUCCGUCCAGUCAGUUUUUGCAGGACGAUCGUUUAAUGAAGUUCUGGACUUCACAUCCCCAGCUGGAAAAACCACACUUGUCAUACUUUAAAGUCAACCACUGAAACAUAUUUUUCUUUAAAUCAUUAACCCGGAUCUGUCAACUUUGUCAGUUUGAAUUAUUAUUAAGGCUAGAUCGCAGUUAGUAGCCAGGAAUAGGGGAGCGGACGGCGACCUUCACCCUAAUCCAAACCUUAACCCUAACCUCAACCUUAAACGUCAAUCGUUUACCUUAACGGCAAUCAUAACACUAACCCUAACUCAAAUCGUAAACUGAACCGUAGCCCUUAGGCAUAGCCGUAACUGGAAAACCUAACCGUAAUACUGAAACCUAAUCGUACGCUCAAACCCUAACCGUAGCCCGAAAAACUAAGCCUUAAGGCAUAAUCCUAACCCAAAGAUCGGAAACCAUUAACCGGUACCCUAAUCCUGACCUCAAACGUAAAACGGAAGCCAAAUGUGUCAGAUGGGAUUAUGGAGCCCCACAAAAUAGCCCCAGUAAACAAACUACCCAGCCACCUUUAAUGCGGGGCCUGGCUACCAACUGCGAUAUAGCCAUUAUUAAUUUCGGGAUAUGGUAGAACAGAGGUUACUUCGGGUUUGUUUGAAUUACUGACCAAUUAGAAUGUAAACCGAGGGUUCGGCCGUCGUGACCGACGAUGUCCACCGUAUGCUACGCAGCAGUGUGAGAACAGGGAUGGUGACUCGCGCGUGAUUUUUUUCAUACUUAUAGCAGACUUGCACAGCAUCUACCACACCCUCUCCUCCUCCACCUGAAUCCGGUGCAAAGACAGAACCAAAAAGGCGGGGUGCAAGUGGCUGGCGCGGCGACAACUCGCACCUAGGCGUACCACCACACUCUCUGCCCCCACAAUGGACAAUGACCAGGAUUUUAAAUAAGAGAAAUAGGGAGGGUGCGACACGGAUCCCAUCUGGCGCGGCGUGGGCCUGCAAAUUGGCGCGCCACCACACCUCCAAAUGCUGGCAUUUGGUGUGGAUGCGCAUUCCCACAAACGCCCUCCGGAGUCCAAUUCAGCUCCCGCGUGACCCGUUUUAGGGGCCCGGAAGGUAAGCUACCAGCUGGUAGAAAAAGCUAGGCGCCUGUACUACUACUACUACUACUACUACUACUACUACUACUACUACUACUACUACUACUACUACUACUACUACUACUACUACACAAAUGGGGGGAGGGUUGGGGGCGGCGAGUUUAGUGCAGAUAUUCUCAACUACGUCUGCAGAUAG